GCAUGCUGCCGUUGGAAGGCGGCACGAACAAAAGGGUGCCAUCCGAGAUGCUGAUUGGCUGCUGUGGUGCCGAGGAUCCCGCUACAGCAGAUGGGGGACCCCUCGUUUACACGCCCCCGACGCUUUGACCGCUUCCGAAACCCGGCGAGGGCAAAUCCGAGCCGAACCGAAUCCAACUCAACUAGACCAUUAUAGCUCCGAAUACUGAAACACGGAGAACAAUUCUAGUUUGAAAGCGCGUCCCAACUUGUGGUUGCCUUGUGCAAUUCGCUAAGGAUCGCGAAGGUAAAAGAAGAGGAAAAACCCCGCCCAUGUUGUUCCGGCUGACCGAGGAUGGAUAACGGACAGGACUGUGUUCAGAUCGGCGAGAACAAGUUCAUCAGCAAGACUACCCUGCUGAUGCACCUCAAGACUUACAAUUUGUACUACGAGGGACAAAACCUUCAGCUCAGACACAGAGAGGAGGAAGAGGAGUUGAUUGUUGAAGGGUUGCUCAACAUCUCCUGGGGUUUGAAGCGGCCAAUCCGCUUGCAGAUGCAGGAUGACAAUGAGCGAAUCAAACCCCCUCCUUCUUCCACAUCUUGGCAUUCAGGCUGCAACUUGGGCACCCAAAGUAUGGAGACUCAGCCAGUCCCGAGCACUCAGCCAGUCCCGCCUACCAUUGAAGUGACAGAGUGCGAGGACCUAUCAGAACAAUGCUCUGAGAAGGAAGCGGAAAUGGGAGAGGAGUAUGAGGGCUCUUCUCAGAUCCUGAGGACCAAGAGCGACGCUGGCGUUUUGAGAAGAGGCGCCCGGCGGUCGGCGAGCGAUCAGCGCAAAAUCAGGCGUCACAGAUUCUCCAUCAACGGCCACUUCUACAACCACAAGACGGCAGUCUUCACCCCGGCGUACGGCUCCGUCACUAACGUCCGCAUCAACAGCUGCAUGACCACGCCUCAGGUCCUGCGCGUGCUGCUCAACAAGUUCAAGAUUGAGAACAGCCCGGAUGACUUCGCGCUCUACCUGGUGCACACCAGUGGGGAGCGUGUCCAGCUGAAGCGAUCUGAUCACCCCCUGGUGCUGCGGGUGCUGCAGGGUCCGUGUGAGCAGGUCAGCAGGAUCUUCCUCAUGGAGCAGGAUCUGGCGGAGGAGGUCACCUACGAUGUGGCACAGUAUAUAAAGUUUGAGAUGCCCGUGCUUCAGAGUUUCAUCACAAAACUCAAGGAAGAGGAGGACAGGGAGGUCCAAAAACUCAGGACCAGGUACACCUCUCUCCGUUGUUUGAUUCAGAGGAAGCUACAGUGUCUUCCAGAGGGGCCUACUUGUAUGUGACUCCACCCUCAGACCCCCAACGGACGCCCAGACCCCCUCUGCACUUCUUCCUACAUCACUUCCUGCCAUCACAAUAACCUUCCCCUUCUCCGUCCAGUAGAAGGCUGGUAAUACCAUUCCUUCCCCCUCCACCCCCCUGACCCUUCCUAACAUUUCGUGAGAGGACCUAUUGUAGCAUUUCCUCAAAGAGCAAUAAUAAUGAUAGAGAGAUCAUUUGCAGACCUAACGGUUGCAAACGUAUCUCUUAUGGCACUUUUCCUGUGGACAUACAUGGUAACAUGAGUCAAACCAGCCAAAACAAACUCGUAUGCAAAUAAAACAAAGCACAUUCCACAAAAUGAACUUUCCAAUCUAAUUUUGACUAAUUGGUUGGUUUAAGAAUUAUAAGUGAAGAAUUAUAUUUUUGACCCAACUCUUGACGCUUAUCUUGGAAAACAGACCACUAGAUUUUUUUUCUGCUGCCAUUCUGCCAAUCCUGACAAGCCCCGCCCUUCUAAGAACUGCUUUGGAAACAGAAAUAAGAACUGAAAUCUGUCCCUGGUAAUGUGGGAGAUUGUGAUGUCACAAAUGAGAACAUCCGGCAUUCUCAUCCCCUACUCUGAACAUUGUAAAGCUUGUCUUUUGAGGGGAAGCAGUGUGUUCCUGUCCAAUUCUUGGUUUUAAGAACUGCCUGUGGUUUCUGUCCCAUGUCAUGUUCCUCUGGCUGAAGGUGUCAGGACGUCAAAAGUGGAAUCUGUCCAUUUAUGGCCCUUCCUAAUUUGUAAAUUGAAUUUUUUUGGGAAUUAGCGGUGGUGAUUUAUCUCUUCUGUGCACCACAGCUAACUGCCACCACCAGUUAUAAAUGAAAAAUAAAAAAAACAUUAAGUUCUUUUCUUUUUUAUUAGAAGUGCCCUUUUUGCUUUUCACGUGACACAGUCCCCUAGAUUCUACAAACACUUGACUAACUCGCUAUCUGUUAAAUCUAAUGUUGCUUUAACUACAGUGCAGUGCAUUUAGUUGAAAAUUGGGUGCAGAGUUAUAGACGUGUAGGUAACUGCUGGAUUGUUUACUGGAAUUUAGGACAUGCUCUUAUCAAUGAUUUACAAUGCAAACACCAGUGUUUUGACAUUCUUGACAUUGGUCAGUUGACCAACAAAUGUAAAUAAUAUUGGUAACGAUAAAUGUACAUAGGAUGGAUUGGCGGCCUGUCCAGGGUGUAUUCACAGGGCCUCUGGCCCAAUGCACGCUGGGAUAGGCUCCAGCACCCCCCGCGACCCUGCUCAGGAUAAGCGGGUAUAGAUAAUGGAUGAAUGGAAAUGUACAUAGGUACACUGACACUCUUGGCAGAGCUAAGAAGUGAAAUAACUAGGUAUCAGACUUCUUCCCACAAACAACUCAGUAAACUAUUUGGUCAGUUGAGAGAUUAAAGUAUGAACAAGAAUUUCAAUUAUUUUGGAAGGGAAUGGUUUCAUUUUUUUACUGUAGUUUCUUUUAAUAUUGAAUUUAUCAAGAGAAUGUUUUUGAUUUUUUUUUUUAAAUACUUGAUUAAUUGAAUCUUUAUGUGAAUAGGUUGUAUUAAAACUUCCACCACUGGUACACAGAAAUGGAUGACUUUGACAGGCAAGCCUAAAUGUUAUCUGUGCUGAAUUCUGCCAACUUUUUAUGUUUGUGUUUCUGCUGAAUUUGAAGCCUGAUUUAUUGGAAUUUCACGAAGCUCUACCUUGUGAAGCACAGCAGCAGCAGCUGCGGGUUUUUGAAAAAUCUGUAGGACAAAUAAAGAUUCUCUUUAAAGGAGGGAUAUUGCAGAGGAUUGUGAAGAGAGUUGGCUACAA